AUGUUUGGAGAUGCAACUUCUAAGUCUCCUCUUGGAGUGUUCAAGAACUAUCACUUGAAAAUUGGAGAAUGCAUCAUCCAAACUGAUCUUACUGUGAUGGAGAUGGAAGAAGAGAAGGAUCUACCUCUGUUAUUGGGAACCCCAUUCCUUAGUACAGUUGGCGCUUCAAUAGACUUUCACAAGCAAGAAGUGAUCCUUCACAAAGUGAAUAGUUUGGUGUCAUAUCGCUUGCAGCCAAGAGGUUCAGACUUUUGUGCCACAAUUGACAGUACCACUCUCAAUUCUAAGACUCAUGAAGCUACAAAGAUUGUGAAGGAAAGAGUUGACAAAGAACCAAGAGUUGGGAAGGAUAAGGUUGAGAGAGGACCAAGGAUUGAGAAGCCACGUCUUGAGAGGGCUAGAGUUGAGAAACCACGUUCUGAUAGACCACGAGCUGAUAGACUUGUUCAAGCCCCUUGUGUGCUUGAUGAAGAGAGCCUUCAAGCUUUGUUUAAUGAGCCACUAGGAAGGGCUCUAAAAGAAGGGGAGGAUGUAGCCUCUAAGGCAAGACCAGAGGAGCCUGAACUCGAUCGAGCUGAGGAUCGAGCCCAGGAGAGUGCGGAUUUGGGUGAGCCUGAGUGCUAUUACUUUGAGGAGUAUGAGGCUCCAAGGAUGAACCCCUCUGUUGUGGCUGCCACAAGAGGAUUGGACUUCUCCAAAAGUUCAACAAAUGGCAAGGGAAAGCCAUUGAAAGAUGCAAAAGUCCAUGGACAAGAUGGAGUAGUCACUCCUCACCACCCCAAGGAGGCUCCCUGCCCAAGAGCCUCACAGAGCCUCUUCAUUCGAGCCAAGGGAAGGAGAAGACAACACGCAGAGAAGGAGGAAGAGUUCCAAGGCCAGACGCUCCAGCUCGACCACCGGACUCGAUCGAGUCCAAACAGAGGAAACUCAACUCGUCGAGCUGGUCUUGGAGGAGCCCAUUGA